CUGUCAAAGUUACAAAUGUUAAAACCCCUUAGAAGUUGACAAGGCUGGAGAAAGGAGGAAUGGUAGAGGACAUCUGCUAAGGCUGCCCUUGAAAGAAUGAUAGAUUUAAGCAGCAGCCAGGACAGGAAAACAGUUGAUCAUUAGCUGGUGGGGAUAGGAAUUCUGUAGGUUUUCCCCAGUUCUUAAGCAGUGAUGCCCAACCCUACAUCUGUAGCAAGCGGAAAAAUACACAGUAGUUGUAAGGAUAUCCUGAAUUGUUUUUCACCCCUUAUCACCAUUCUACUUUGUUUUCCCUUGUUUUCUUAUGAUCACAGAGGAUGUCUCACCCAGUGGCUAUCCACGACAAUUCUUACAAUCUUACUAUGGUGCAGAACCCACUGCUUUAUUCAGUCUGUUCCAUGAUAUAGGACUUCUCAGAUUUAAGGUUUUGGUUUUUCAUUUGUUAUUAAUUUUAUUGUUUCAAUAAUGACCACAGUUUGCACAUAUGUCCUACAUUUAGGGUUUUGGUAAACUCCUGAGGACUUUCCUUCACUCAAGUGUGUUGCUGGUACCUGAUAUAGGAUCAAUAAAUACUUGAAUUUCUAGAAGGUAAAUACAUGGUUAGGAUGGAGAACCAUGCGAAUGCAGGUGGGAUCCUGAGCAUAAGAUCCCAACAAUCUGACCCAGCCAAUGAUUCUGGGAGGGGCCAGGUACUCAAGUAGAAACACUACACAAGGAAAGGGAAAUGGGAAAUUUCCCAAGUGCUUCUGGAAACCUGGAAGACCUUUACUGAGGGGAAAUAUAGGAAGAAAUAGCUAAAGGCAGAGUGGUGAAAAGGAUGGACAUCAUAAUUGCCUGAUGGGUUUAUGUAUGUGUAUGUGGCCAGUGUUCAUAGUCUAGUUUUUGUCUAGUAUUCUUGAACUGAUGGACACCUGGGAGUCACAGCUGAAAAGACCCUGACUCAACUCUUAAAUUCACCACAUAGUCGCUAUGUGAUCUUGAAAUAUUUAAUCUCAUUUGAAUUGUGCAACUGUCUUACAUAGAUACUUAUCCUAUUUUACAAAUGGAGAAAUAUGCUCAGCAUAUUUAAUACUUUUUAACACAAUCCUGGGGAUAGUAUGUUCAUUGUAGAUGCUUUCUACUCUGAAGGAUAAAAGCUUCCCUCUUAUCUGCUUGUCUUGGCAGUUUAUCACGCAGAAGGAGAAUGUUAUAUUUAAGAAUAAUAAAAAUAUACUUGGAGGCACUCAUCUAAGAUGUAACCCAAGAUCUGUGAUUAUUUAGUUCUUAAUUUAACAAAGUUCAAAAGGAAACCUAGACUGAAAUUUAGUGAAGACAUAAUAUAAUUAUUUGCUGGUAUUCUAUUAUCUUCUGUGGAAAGCAAUAAUAUUAUCUAAAAGGCUUGUUUUCUUGAACCAUUGAUGUAUUUCUUCAAUCACAAGAAUGUUUACUUAAUGUCUUUCCUAUUACUCUGGUGAGGAUACAAAGUGUGACAUAUUUGAUGUCAAGCAUUUCACUAUUUCAUUCAACAACUAUUAAUUAUUAUUAACUAAUUUGUCAGAGAUAAAAGAUAAAUUCUGUCCAUUGAUUUAUCAUUUGUUCUGUGGGAACUGUUUACUAUAUUGAGGGUGCAUGUUUUCCUUUAAAAGAUUUGUGCACUACAGCUAUGAUAACUUACAUAGUACUAGGCCAUGAAGAAGAGACAUACAAAGCAAUAGGUUGCAUUUAAGAAUGGGUAGCUUAGGUUCAUAAGCAGUCAACAUGGGAGAUACCAUAAAAGCUUAAAACAAAGAUCCCUGCUUACCCUAAACAUGACAUGGGGGAAAGAACAGAGACUUUCCAAAAGAGGUUAGCGUUGAACUAAUCCUUGAAUGAUGAACAAAAAUUAGUAAAACAGAUAAUGUUGGGAAGAAUGGAAGUUGGAGCAAGACAGCUUUAACUAUAUGCCAGUUUUCUGAUCCUGAAAAUGCCACCACACUUAAAAUUUCUCAGGCUUUCCCAACACCACAAAUAGGAACAGAUUUUGCAUGAUUGUCUCCUUUUCUGACAUCACAUUAUGUAUCAACAGGAAAUCAGUUUCACCUGGGAUGCCAGGGCCACCCUCCAAUCAAACAAUGGGAACCCCUGCCACCUUCUUCCUUGUGGGGAUUCCAGGUUUGCAGUCUUCACAUUUUUGGCUGGCCAUCUCACUGACUCCCAUGUACACCAUAGCCCUGGCAGGAAACACCCUCAUCAUGACUGUAAUCUGGAUGGAUUCCACUCUACAAGAGCCCAUGUAUUGCUUCCUGUGCAUUCUGGCUGCUGUGGACAUUGUUAUGGCCUCCUCUGUGGUACCCAAGAUGGUGAGCAUCUUCUGCUCAGGAGACAGCUCCAUCAGCUUUAAUGCUUGUUUCACUCAGAUGUACUUUGUCCAUGGAGCCACAGCUGUGGAGACAGGGCUGCUGCUGGCCAUGGCUUUUGACCGCUAUGUAGCCAUCUGCAAGCCUCUACACUACAAGAGAAUUCUCACCCCUCAAGUGAUCCUGGGUAUGACUGUGGCCAUCACCAUCAGAGCUGUCAUAUCCAUGACUCCACUGAGUUGGAUGGUGAGUCGUCUGCCUUUCUGUGGUUCCAAUGUGGUUCUCCAUUCCUACUGUGAGCACAUGGCUGUGGUUAAGCUAGCAUGUGCUGAUCCCAUGCCCAGCAGCCUCUAUAGUUUAAUAUGUUCUUCUAUUAUUGUGGGCUGUGAUGUGGCCUUCAUUGCCUCCUCCUAUGUGUUGAUUCUCAGGGCAGUAUUUGGUCUGUCCUCAAAGAAUGCUCGCUUGAAAGCAUUAAGCACAUGUGGCUCCCAUGUAGGCAUUAUGGUUCUGUUCUAUCUACCUGGAAUAGCGUCCAUCUAUGUGGCCUGGCUUGGGCAGGCCACAGUUCCCUUGCACAUCCAAGUGCUGUUAGCUGACCUGUACCUGGUCAUCCCACCCACUUUAAAUCCCAUCAUCUAUGGCAUGAAGACCAAGCAAAUUCAGAAGGGAAUAUGGAAUUUGCUUAUGCACUGCCUAUUUGGACAUUGAGAUAUGGUUCUUGAAACACGAAAUCUGUUGAGACUUUGAGAUUUCCAGGCAGCUCAAAGAUGUGUUGGAGUUUUGCUGGGCUGGACUGGAUCACUGGACAUUAUAGGUUUGAUGAAUCUGUAAUGGGUAUCCUCCAUCACUUCUCACUUUCUAACAAAAAUGGGAACUGAAUGAUUAUGAUAUUCUAAUGACAUUUUAAUCACUUCAGUCAACUUGUAGUUGCUGAGAGAUAAGUUUGGAUAUAUUAUGCAGAUUUAAAAUUUUUCUUUCCAUAGCUUCUGACCCAUAUUUCCAACCUAAUAUUCUCCCAGUACUUCUGCUAUGGAUACCAAAUGUUUAGCAUAUUUUCCUAUACUCCUACCUGACUGAUUUUCUUAGAAUUAUUUCUCACCUCAUGUGAUUAUAUGGAAGUAGAUGUUAAUGGUAUAUUGAUAUUCCCAUGUGACUUGGCUCAUGUGCUCAUACCUGGACCAAAGUCUCUCUGGAUGCAACAUGGAUUCUAAAGAGAUGAAAAAUUGGGCUUAGUGAUGGUGGCUUCUUCUUCUUCUUCUUUUUUUUUUUUUGACAGGCAGAGUGGACAGUGAGAGAGAGAGACAGAGAGAAAGGUCUUCCUUUGCCGUUGGUUCACCCUCCAAUGGCUGCCGCGGCUGGCGCGCUGCGGCCGGCGCACCGCGCUGAUCCGAUGGCAGGAGCCAGGUACUUAUCCUGGUCUCCCAUGGGGUGCAGGGCCCAAGGACUUGGGCCAUCCUCCACUGCACUCCCGGGCCACAGCAGAGAGCUGGACUGGAAGAGGGGCAACCGGGACAGAAUCCGGCACCCCGACCGGGACUAGAACCCAGUGUGCCGGCGCCGCAAGGCGGAGGAUUAGCCUAGUGAGCUGCGGCGCCUGCUGAUGGUGGCUACUUUGUAAUACAUGAACUUAGAAAGAGAAAUCUGGACUCUAUCAAGAAAACUAGUUAGUAGAACUGGAUGAAGAGAAUGAGUUUCCUGUUCAGUUGUUCUCAAUUUGAACCAAGGUGCAUUUCUGUUAUUUAAUUUUGUAAGAUAGCUCUGUAUACUUUAAUUUUAAAAUAUUUUCAUUUGUAUAGGGUGAACAAAUUUCAUGUAUUUCAUAUAUACAGAUUUGAGAUCAUGAUAACACUUCCUACCCUACCUUCCCUCCUUCCUUCCCGCCCAUGCUCUCACCCUCUCUCCUCCUUUCUUAUUUUUUAAUUUUUACAAUGACAUACUUUCAGUUUAGUUAGUGGAGGGUUAAGCUCGUGAUUAUAAAAUAAAGAAUUCAACAAGUUGUAAGUA